AUGGACCUGCAGUCACACCCCGAGCUGAAGCAUCACGUGGAGCAUCUGGACUUUAUGUUGCACGAGACCCAGAAGGAGCUGCACAACGCGCGUGUCUACGCCAACCAGACUCACCUCCACCUGGCUCAGCAUGCCGAUGCUAUCAAGUUGCUUGCAAAGGACCGCAAUCCUGAUGUAGACCUACCCCCGUCCGUCGUCCUCUUCUCCAGUAUUGUCCCGGCAGCGGCGGCCUUGGCCCUUGGCCUCCGCGUGGAUGCGCUCAAGGUGAAGAACGACAUCAACCUGCGCAAGGACACCAUCCAGCUCGUGCCCGACCCCGAAGACCCUGACCGCCGCCUCGUAUCCUUCACCUUCGAGGCGGUCACAGACAGCAGCUUGCUUAUAGAAUACUUCGCCAAGGAAGGAAAAGAGUGCAGUUUUUCUUCAGUGUAUCCCGACUUACAGACACCGACAAAGAUACCUUUCGAGAAAGGCUCGGCUCAAAAUUAUGUCCAUCCCUCUGGCUCUAGCAUUAACUUGGGAUUCUUUUCUCUGGAUGAGCUUUCAAAUCCUUCAGAGGAAGUAUUCCCACUGGUUGUGUGCGCAGAAGCUUGUCCGUUUCCUGAGGAAGCAGGUUGUGCAGGUCACCGCGUGGCUGCAUGACCCUGCUCUGUGCCAAAGAAGCUGACAGUUACGGUGCCGGCGCCUGAUGUGCUGCCUACGCAGCCCAGUUUAGACGAGGACGUUGAGUCGCCCCCGUCUCCAAGCUCCCCUACGCAGAAGCGCACGCAGGAGCACAAUCUUCUUCUGCGUGAAUGAGGUCAUUUACCGCGGCCCUUUGAUGAUGCAGGGAAGCGAUUUCUACCUUGACGAUGACAAACACCAGCGUUUUGGUAAAAUUCCGGUGGAGGGGAAAGGAAGGAAAUGGCGCAGCAGCAGUACUAGUCGGAAGUUGAUGAUACUGUAGUUUUCUUUGUAGAAAUCUGCUGAACCUGCUGCCCUGAACAUCGGCAUGACCUUUUCACUUUUCGGUGCUAAACCUGAAGCAAUCUGUAUGCAUA